GGUUAAAUUGAACGCAUUACAAAGAGUCACGAUCUAAAGAGCUUAAACCCUAAAAAUAAAAAAGUGAGAAUUUAUCCACGAUUGAAGAAAGGAAGUUGAUACCUGGAUUUUGUAUCGUUACAAACUGUAUAUAAACUAGCAAUCUUUCUGGCUUCAGCGAAUCGAAGAUACUCGAAACAGAGGUUCAAACUGACCAGUGAUAAGUGAUAACCAACAAAAUGCAGAUUCUUUUGCGGAAGUUACUGCAGAGAACAACGUCAUUCCAACAAGGUAUUGGUCGUUGUACUUAUUCUACCCAUAAGGUCCUCGAUAUUGGGCAGCCAACACCCGCAACGCAUCCUCAGCUGCUUAAGGAAGGGGAGAUCACACCAGGUAUUACUAGUGAGGAGUACAUCUCAAGAAGAAAAAGGUUGCUGGAGCUUCUUCCAGAGAAGAGUUUGGCCGUCAUUGCAGCUGCCCCUAUAAAGAUGAUGACCAGUGUUGUGCCUUACACAUAUCGACAAGAUGCUGAUUAUUUGUAUAUUACUGGCUGCCAACAACCGGGUGGUGUGGCUGUCUUGGGUCAUGAGUGUGGCUUAUGCAUGUUCAUGCCAGAAGCAACAAAGCAUGAUGUUCUUUGGCAAGGGCCAGUUGCAGGAACUGAUGCAGCGCUGGAAACUUUCAAGGCUGAGAAAGCAUAUCCAAUUAGCAAGCUAUGUGAAGUUCUUCCAGAUAUGAUAAGGAGAAGCUCCAAGUUGUUUCACAACAUGCAGACAGCCUCACAAACAUAUACAGAACUGGAGGCGUUUCAGAAGGCAUCUCUUGUUGGCAAAGUGGAAGAUGUUUCCAGAUUCACCAAUGAGUUACGAUGGAUAAAAUCGUCAGCAGAACUUAAGUUGAUGAGAGAAUCUGCAUCAAUUGCUUGCCAGGCUCUUUUGCAGACAAUGUUACAUUCCAAGACAUAUCCCUAUGAGGGUUUGCUAGCAGCAAAGGUUGAAUAUGAAUGCAGAAUGAAAGGUGCACAGAGGAUGGCAUUCAAUCCUGUGGUUGGCGGUGGGUCUAAUGGGAGUGUCAUACAUUACUCCCGAAAUGAUCAAAAGAUUAGAGAUGGUGAUCUUGUUUUGAUGGAUGUGGGAUGUGAGUUGCAUGGUUAUGUUAGUGAUCUUACUCGUACCUGGCCACCAUGUGGUAGCUUUUCUUCAGCACAAGAUGAACUCUAUGAUCUUAUACUUCAAACAAACAAGUCAUGCAUAAAUCUUUGCAAGCCUGGUGCUAGCAUUCGGCAAAUCCACAAUUAUUCGGUUGAAAUGUUGCGUAAAGGGCUUAAGGAGAUUGGAAUUUUGAGAGACAGUGGAAGCAAUUCCUACCAUCUACUUAACCCAACUUCUAUAGGUCAUUAUCUUGGAAUGGAUGUCCAUGAUAGUUUUGCUGUGAGCUGUGAUCGUCUUUUGAAGCCAGGUGUUGUGAUAACAAUUGAGCCUGGAGUGUACAUUCCAUCUGUUUUUGAUGGUCCAGAAAGGUUCCGAGGCAUUGGGAUAAGAAUCGAGGAUGAGGUCCUAAUUACAGAAACUGGUUAUGAGGUACUCACUGGCUCCAUGCCCAAAGAAGUAAAGCACAUCGAGUCAUUGCUAAACAAUUACAGUCAUGUAAGGGGAAUGGAGACCCAGCAUAAUAUGCAAGCUGCUUCCAGUUGACAGUCCACCUGAACCGUUGAAGAGGCUGCACAGUCCUAUCGGCCUGGGGUUUGACUGCGAAGGUACUCUCCAGCACACCAAUUGUGUUGGAAUUAAAUUGACAUUUCUUUCUUGGGGUUUUUUUGGCCUACCUAAUUCAUGCUAAAGAUGUCUCAUCAGCCACGGUUGCCAUUUUUGUUCUUGUUUCAUUCAUCUGAUCUUAUAAUUUGCAAGAAAUAGCUUCAUUACUAUUCUUAAGUUUGCUGUCUUCCUACUGAGGUAGGCGGCACUUGCACCUCCUCCUCGUUCUCCUCCCUGAGAAGUGGAGCUGGCUUGUAUUAUGAUAUUAAUUAUGUACUGUCAUCGUGUACCCAAGUUGACAUGGGAAUUUAUUUCUAUCCCUAAAGCAGGCCAUAUAAAUGGCUUCAAAGAGUGUUCGCUCUCAAUCUGUACGAUGCUCUUCUGUCUUCCCAACCACCCACCCACCAGCCACCAGGGAUUACCAGUGUGAACUAAUGAAGCAGGAUGGAUGAGUGAACUUUAAAUUUCUUUUUGAGUUUUAUUUGUUAUUUUCUUAUUCUUUUCCUGUAUGUUAUUGACUUCAUGAACUUCUUAAGUUUACAACUUCAAUGAUAUAGCUAAUAAGAUGAGAACUUUUUGUUUAA